CAGCGAAUGACCGAAUCCGUGGUAAAAUUGACCCUUUCCUUCACAUACGAACCCCACCCGCAUUUGGUUUUCCGAGAGUCACAAAAUACGGAGUAUACUUUCCUGUUCGCCCAAGCUCAACCACGGCGGCAAUGUUGAGAUCUUUCCUCUUUCUCUCCGCCAUCUUUUUCUUUCUUUCAGUUGAGGCGUCGGCUUCAACGAUGAUGUUGUACAACAAGUGUAGCCACCCGGUUUGGCCGGGGAUCCAGCCGAGUGCCGGUAGGCCGACAUUAGCCCGCGGAGGCUUCAAGUUGCCGCCGAACAAGGUCUAUCAUCUCCACCUCCCUCCCGGUUGGUCUGGCCGUGUGUGGGGCCGCCAUGGAUGCUCCUUCGACGCCUCCGGAAGAGGCCGUUGUGCCACCGGGGACUGCGGCGGCGCCCUCCGCUGUAAUGGCAUUGGUGGGACCCCUCCGGCCACCCUUGCUGAGAUUACGCUGGGAAAUGAGCAAGAUUUCUAUGAUGUGAGCCUCGUCGAUGGGUACAAUCUGGCCAUCUCCAUAACCCCCUUCCGUGGGACUGGCAAGUGUAGCUAUGCAGGGUGUGUGAGUGACCUGAACACAAUAUGCCCGGUGGGGCUGCAGGUGAAGUCUAGUGACAACCGAGUUGUGGCCUGCAAGAGCGCCUGCUCAGCCUUCAACUCCCCGAGGUACUGCUGCACCGGGAUGUAUGGCAGCCCCACCUCGUGCAAGCCCACAGCCUACUCCAAGAUCUUCAAGACUGCUUGCCCUAAGGCUUACUCUUAUGCAUAUGAUGAUCCCACCAGCAUUGCUACUUGCACUGGGGCGAGCUAUUUGCUCACUUUCUGUCCGCACCAUUAGCUCUUUAGUCCCAUCCGUGCUAGGCAGUAGAAUUCUAUUUAUGCUUCUUAUUUUGGCUUGCCCCUCGUGUUUUUAUGUUGCUAAACUUUUUACUUAGCUAAAUUUUGUCAUCUUUAUUCCCAGAAAUGUCCGCAUAGUGCGUACUUAAUAUAAUUGUCACCAGUGCCUUUUGUCUCUAAAUUGGUAGGGGGUUAUAUUACAACGGUAUGUUUUUGUUUAUUUCUUUAGUUAAUUAAGAGUAAGGACUCCUAAAACAAUAGUUUGUCACAUUUCCCCCCUUCAUAAUUCAUAAGGUAUAGUUGAUGGUAUUUGUAGCUACAUAGUAUGUAUGAGUUACUCCGCACUUCCGUUCGG